CUUUUCCGCCUUUCGCCAUGGAAUCCCAGCUCCUCCCAGUGACCCUCCAGAGCUGCAGCUCGGCACUCCCCGCCGGGCCAACUCCGCGGGCCAAGAUCUUCCUCCCAAACAUCGAUCUCACUGUUGUUUUCAUGGUCGACUCCAUCUACUUCUACUCGUCCGGUGCUGCCGACGCUCCCAAGGUCCUCUUCCGGGCCCUCCAGGAGGCCAUGGUGGAGUUCUAUCCGUUUGCUGGAAGGCUGGCCGUCAGCGAGGAAACUCAGCGCCUGGAGAUCGACGCCAAUUCAGCUGGCGUGCCGUUUGUCGAAGCUGUCUCCGAUCUCAACAUCGCCGACCUGGGCGAUCUCACGCUUCCAAAUGCGUUGUAUCGCAACCUGGUGUUCACUGCGACGAACGUGAAGGUUCUCUCGGAUUGGCCUCUCGCCACUGUCCAGGUGACGAAGUUUCUCUGCGGUGGAUUCUCGUUCGGCCUGUCGGUGAACCACGCGCUCGCGGACGGCAUCAGCAUCAUCGACUUCAUGCAGCACCUCACUUCCAAAGCUCGCGGCGUUGAAAACUUCCAGCUUCCAGAGCUUCAGUUCGAUCGGACUAUGCUCGCAGCUCGCCCGCAGCCAACCCCCAAGAUCGACUUCGGCGACGUCUACUACAAGGCGAGUGAGAUCCCCAGCACGAACUCCUUCUCCACGAUGGAAGACAUGGUCGUCAGCACCAAUCUGGCCUCCGGUAACUACGUGGUUACGGACUUGGUUUCGAGAGCCAUCAACAUCCCGGCGAGCAAGGUCGAGUAUCUGAAGAAGUUGGCCAUGUCCGACGGAACCAUCACCCGGUGCUCGACUUUCGACGUCGUCGCCACCUACGUCUGGAAGCUGCGAACUGCUGCGAUGGGGAUGCCGCUGGAGCACCAGGCCACCAUGUUCAUGGCUGUCGACGUGAGCAAGAAAGUAACACCGCCAAUCCCCCGAGGCUUCGUCGGCAACCGGGCCUUUCCAGUCGCCGUGAGGAUGAAAACCGAGGAGCUGCUCAAAAAACCACUGUCCCACUGCCUGACAGUCGUCCGUGAGGCCUUACUUCGAGCAGACGAUGAAUUCGUACGCUCGUGGAUCGACUGGAGCGAGAUCCACCGAGGCAUUCCCAGGUUCAACGGUGGCUUCUACAUCUCGUCGUGGUGGAAGUUCCCGUUUUAUGAGAUGGACUUUGGAUGGGGGAAGCCGAUCUACAUGGGCCCCGUGCUCACACAGCGAGUUGAGUUUGUGCUCAUUCUACCCGUGUCACCGUCCAGGCCCGAAGGCGGGGUUGACGUGCUGCUCACCAUCAAUCCGCAACACAUGGCCAGGUUCGAAACGCUCGUUAACUUUCCCAUCCUGUAA